AUGUCUAAAACUCCUAAAAGUAGCUGGCGGGAGUAUUUUGUAAUGAAGAAGGAUAAUACUAGAGCACAAUGCAAGUAUUGCCCGAAGGAAUUAAAGACAUGUAGUAAUACUACAAAUUUAAAACAACAUAUGGAGCGAAAACAUCCCACUGUCUUACAGGCUAUCCAGAACUUCCGUGAAGAUGAUAUUCAGGAUAUCAGCAAGUCUGGAAACAAAGAUGCGUCGAUACAAUCUUCAUCAACAGAAAUUGAGGCUGCACCUUCAACACCAAAGCGUGUCAGAUCAAGCAUUGGAGCUUCUUUUUCGAAAAUUUUAGCAUACGCCUCAGAUGGCGAUAAACACAAGGAAAUAACUCUGAACAUAGCAGAAAUGAUAUGCCGGGACAGUUUACCCUACAGUAUGGUAGAAGGAGUAGGUUUUAAAAAAUUAAUGAAGACUGUAGCUCCUUUGUAUAAGGUUCCGUGCCGUAAAACUAUCACAGAUCUCAUAGAUAUUAAAUAUGAAGAAAAAAAACUCUUAGCAUACAAAAAUUAA